CGUCCCGCUGGGGCUGCGACUGGCCCUCGGCUUCCGGAGCUCGGCUUCCGGGUCUCGGUAGUUCUGGCUGCCGUGGCCCCGCAGCGGCCGAGCCCAGCGGAAUGAUGAACCAGGCGACCCCCGACCCGGAGCUGGCGCCGGCGUCCGAGGCCGUGUGGGAGCGGCCUUGGUCGGUGGAAGAGAUCCGCAGGAGCAGCCAAAGCUGGUCGCUGGCGGCCGAUGCGGGCCUACUGCAGUUUCUACAGGAAUUUUCCCAGCAGACCAUCUCUAGAACCCAUGAAAUCAAGAAACAAGUGGAUGGUCUGAUUCGAGAAACUAAAGCCACUGAUUGUCGCCUUCAUAAUGUCUUCAAUGACUUCCUCAUGCUGUCUAAUACCCAGUUCAUUGAGAAUCGCGUGUAUGACGAAGAAGUGGAGGAGCCGGUGCUCAAGGUGGAGGCCGAGAAGACAGAGCAGGAAAAGACCCGGGAACAGAAAGAGGUAGAUCUGAUUCCUAAAGUCCAGGAAGCUGUAAACUACGGUUUACAAGUACUGGACAGCGCGUUUGAGCAACUUGACAUAAAAGCAGGGAACUCGGACUCUGAAGAAGAUGAUGUUAACGAGCGGGUGGAACUGAUCCUUGAACCCAAGGACCUGUACAUUGACCGCCCCUUGCCCUACCUCAUUGGCUCCAAGCUCUUCAUGGAGCAGGAAGACGUAGGACUUGGCGAGCUCUCUAGUGAAGAAGGCUCCGUGGGCAGUGAUCGGGGCAGCAUUGUGGACAGUGAGGAAGAGAAGGAGGAAGAGGAGUCGGAUGAUGAUUUUGCCAAUCAGAGUGACAACGAUCAAAACAAGCACACCACACAGAUGAGUGAUGAAGAAGAAGACGAUGAUGCUGACCUCUUUGCUGACUCUGAGAAGGAAGAAGAUACUGAGGACAUUGACGAAAAUACUAAACCAAAAAGACCCACAUCUUUUGCCGAUGAGUUGGCAGCUCGGAUCAGAGGGGAUUCGAGCCGUCUCGGGGAGGAGCAGGCAGGAGAUCCCAAAUCUCGGAAGACACUGAAAGAGAAGAAGGAAAGAACACCUUCUGACGAGGAAGAAGAUAACUUAUUCGCCCCGCCCAAGCUGACAGACGAAGACUUCUCACCAUUCGGAUCUCGAGGUGGCCUGUUCAGUGGUGGGCAGGGCCUGUUCGACAAUGAGGAUGAGGAGAGUGACCUCUUCAGGGACACCCCCCAGGACCGGCACAUCCCAGCCCCCAUAAAUGCAGAGUCCUCCUCCUCCAAACUUGGAAAGAAAAUCCCAGCAGGAGGUGUUUCUGUGUUUCUAGGGGAUACAGAUGUGUUUGGGGCUUCAACCAUCCCAGUGCUGAAGGAGACCCAGAAGCCCGAGCAGCCCGCUUCAGGGAAGAGCUCAUGUGUCCCUGCUGCUAGUGGCCUCUUCGAUGACGAUGACAGUGACGACUUUUUUACAGCAUCCUGUAACAAACCUUCCAAAACAGACAAAAUCAAAUCUACUGCCAGCAUCUUUGAUGAUGAUGAAGGUGAUUUGUUCAAAGAAAAAGCAGCGGCAGCGCCUGAAGCAACUGUGAAACAGAUGGAUGAAAGUAAAGCAAGGGCAGAGCAGACGGUUACCCUACCUUCCAGCAAAAAUCUCAAGCUCUUGCCAGAAACAAAAACUCAAAAAAGUUUGUUUUCGGAUGAGGAGGACUCUGAGGAUUUGUUUUCUUCUCAAAAUGUGAGUAAGUCCAAAAGUGCAUCUCUCCUACCCAGCAAGCUCCCCACAUCAGUCUCCCUUUUUGAUGAUGAAGAUGAAGAGGAUAAUCUUUUUGGCACUGCUGCUGCUAAGAAACAAAUGCCAUCUCUACAAAAUCAAAGUCAGGAGAAAGCAAAACCCUUGGAACAACCCAGAAAGAAAGCCUCUGCCUUACUGUUCAGCAGUGAUGAGGAGGACCAGUGGAGCAUUGCUGACACACAGACCAAGUCCCCGUCUGACAGCAAAUCCAAAGGAGAGCUCAGCAACUCAGGGGCUACCCAGGGCCUGCAGGCCACAACUGUGAAGAAGACCAGCCUUUUUGAGGAGGACGAUGAAGAUGACCUGUUCGCCAUUGCCAAGGACAGCCAGAAGAAGACCCAGAGAGUGUCUCUCCUGUUUGAAGAUGACACAGACAAUGGAAGCUCUUUGUUUGGCUCUCCCCCGACCUCUGCUCCUCCUGCAACAAUGAAAAAAGAGACUGCCCGUGAGGCACCGCCUUUGCUGUUCAGCGAUGAGGAAGAGACGGAGCCGCAGUUUGAAGUGAGACCUGCAGGUCAGAAGGCCAAGAGCCCGCUAGUACCCUCUGCGCUGCAGGGAACGGGCGAGGCUGAGGAGCUGGAGAAGGAAGGACUUUUGACUGCAUCUGCCCAGGAAGCCAUCAAGCAUUCUGAUUUGUUUUCUCCAGCAUCCCCAUUGGACAAAGGAACCAAGGGUAGAACUAAAACUGUCCUUAGCUUGUUUGAUGAGGAAGAGGAUAAAAUGGAAGAUCGAGACAGCUCCUGUGUUCCACAGACAGAAGUAGGGAAGGGUCCUGAUCCUGAUGCCCGGCCCAAGAGCACAGGUGUCUUCCAGGAUGAAGAACUCCUUUUUAGCCACAAGCUCCAAAAGGACAAUGACCCAGAUGUUGACCUUUUUGCUGGCACCAAAAAAACCAGGUUGGCAGAGCCAAGCAUGGGGAACCUCUUUGGUGAUGAUGAAGAUGAUGAUCUUUUCAGCUCUGCCAAGACCCAGCCUGUGGUACCAGAAAAAAAGAAGGUAAUAAAAAAAGACCACUCUGUUUCCUCUUCCAAGACCCAGAAGCAUCCAGAAUCCACCCAAGGUAGCAAAGAGAAAAGCAUAUGGAAACCAGAAACAGCACAGGAUUCGUCAGGUCUCGCUCCAUUUAAAACCAAAGAACCGUCCACUCGAAUCGGGAAAAUACAAGCAAAUUUAGCGAUUAACCCUGCAGCCUUGUUGCCUGGAGCAGCUCCCCAGGUCUCAGGAGCAAAGCCUGUUUCUCCGGAAUUGGCUGUUCCUUCUGUGGAACCUGGAAGGAGCCUUGGCGUGGACUGUCAGACUGCUCCUCCUGGCCCUGAGGAGGCCAGUGUGAGCUUCGAUCUUCCUGCACAGACAGAUACCUUACACAGCGUCAACAAGAGCCGUGUUAAAGUGAGAGGGAAGCGCAGGCCGCAGACCCGCGCAGCCAGGCGGCUAGCUGCCCAAGAAUCCAGCGAAGCUGAGGACACGAGUGUCCCUGGAGGCCCCGUCACACAGUUGGCAGAUGGCACCAUUAAGCCCAAUGGCUGUCACCUUCAUCCCAGAGUGGCCAGCAUAGACCUCGGUUCUGAGGAGGCCGUAGCUGCUGCCAUUCCACCUAGGGAAAGCCGUCUUGCACCCUUGAUGGACAGGAGCCCCUUUGUGAUGUCCCUGGGCCAGCCUGGGGACGAAGCUGACCUAUUUGAUUCCGAGGACAUCUUUUCCAAGGGCACGAGAUCACAGUCCACAGAGAGAGCAAAACCCAAGGUGAAGGCCACGGAGACCUCAGCCCACCCAGCUGAGGGCGGGCAAGAAAAGAGCUCCCUGUUUCCUGCUCUUGGUGAGGCCAGCAGCGAUGAUGAUCUCUUUCAGUCCAUUAAACCAAGACCAGCAAAGAAAACAAACCCCUUUCCCCUCCUGGAUGAUGAUGACGAUCUCUUUACUGAUCAGAAAGGCAAAAAGAAUGAGCCUAAGUCCAGCGAUCAGCAGGAUGAUGUAUCAAAAAUACAGGAUAUUUUUGAGGAUGAUAUAUUUGCUACAGAAGCAAUUAAACCUUCACAAAAAAAGAGAGAGAAGGAGAAAAACUUGGAACCCAGCUUACUUGAUGAUAACAUUGAUAUAUUUGCUGACCUAACCCUCAAACCAAAAGGAAAGUCCAAAAAGAAAGUGGAAGCUAAGUCUAUCUUUGAUGAUGAUAUGGAUGAUAUUUUCUCCUCUGGUCUCCAGACUAAGACAACCAAACCAAAAAGCCGACCUGCACAGACAACAACUGAACCAAGAUCAGAACACAAGGUGUCCAACAUAUUUGAUGAUCCCCUGAAUGCUUUUGGAGGCCAGUAGAACUUGCAGCAUAGUACCUUUGUUUCACCCUUCAGGUAUAUCCUGGAGUUAGAGAUGUUGACAUAUGCGCUUGUUGUCAAAAGACAAAUACUGAAACAGCUAGCUCACCUUUUAUGCUGUGUACUUAGUAUCUUUUUGCACUGAUUGUAGUCAAGCUUAUCUGCAAAACAAAAAAAUAAAUGUUUCACAGUG